AUGUACAAGUCAUCAGGGAUAAAGAGUAAACCGCACUUCACAUUGCGUCAUGGUGCGAACGGAGAGGAGUCCAAAUCCACGGGUGAUCAACAGCGGAAGUUGCGUGAAACCCUCACGUCAAUGGAAGCAACUCCAAAUACUAUAAAAACAACAAAUGUCGCAAGUUCGGUAAAUGUUAAUAGAGGGAAACACCGCCGCGUAGCGCGACAGUCGCAUCAACAACAUAUGCGGCCAUGGCAUUCCUCAUCGAAAUAUUUACUAAAACAAUCCCGAACAAUUUCCUCCAAUGGUGAUUCUUUUUCAAGCGACCCAACGGUUCCCAAUAAACCUAUUGGCUCCUUGUCACUUUCACAAUCAAAUGAUAAAGUAGUAACAUCACCAAAAUGUCUUUGUGUUGACAACGAAGAGAAUGGCAGAAUUGCAGCAAAUGUUAAUCUAAAUAGUAGUAAAAAUGGAUGCCCGACAUGUCAAUUAUCCAUGGCCGAAGCGGGGCUUUCCAUUUCAUUAAAAGAAGAUAGUAGUCCUGCGAACCUCUCUUGUCGAGCUUCUUCUAAAAAGAAAGGAGUAUUCCAAAGAGCUACACGAACAGGGAACAGACGUGAGGAAAUUAACGAAAAACGUAUACCAAAAGAUACUAGCCUUUCGUUUUCUAUGCUUGAAGAAGGAGCAAUGAGGCUACUUCAAUAUGGUGAUGGGAGGAAAAAGAAAAAGGUAACUAAAAAGAAGUUAUUUUCACAAGAUACAGCGCCAGUAACAUGCUUGGAGAACCAAUCUAUUUCUAAAGAAAACGUAUUGCUCGAGCCUGCUGAGGAGGAGAAGCACAAGGAAGGAAAACAAGAAGAAAAAGAAGAUAAACGAAACCUUUUGCAGGAUGUGGAAAUAUGCAAAGACGAUAAACCUGAGGAUGUCAGAGAAAAAAAAGAAGAAGAAAAAGAAGAUCAAGAAGAAAAAGAAGAAGUACUAAAUACAAAUUCGCACAUCAGUAAUGUUUUUCAUGAACCAGAAAACACACCACCAACGAAAUGCGUAGUACCUGUUGUGACAGAAGAAAGAGAAACGGUAAUAUGUCCUCCAUAUAUUACGCAAGAAAAAUCUGUUGAUAACUUAAAAAAUAUAGAACGUUGUUUUUUAUCGUUGAGAGCUGGUAACAGUUGCCUCUCAUCAUCAUCAGUACCAUCACCGUCAUUGUCUGCAAGAAGUACAAGAAAUGCUCUCUUGCAUUAUGGGAGUCAGGGUUACAACUUUACACCAGAGAUAAGUCCUGCCCUUUCUCGUCUUGUAGAUGAUCAUGUUGUUGCGGCUUUGUCAGCAAGUGUUAUGGAGAUGAUGCAGCACCGACGUGCGAAUUUGCGCCGUCUAGCUGAAUAUCUUACAGAAGCUAUUGCUCAGGUGGGACGCAGUAAAGGUGUUGAAUAUGGAGAUGUGCGAUAUUAUGUAUUUGGAAGUGUUUCGAUGUGUACAGUGUUGCCAGAUGGCGAUAAUGAUAUGACAAUUGAAGUUGAUAGGCUUUUAAAUCCUACUAAAGUGGGAGGGAAGCGAAAAAAUCUUACUGACUCAUCUGAUAUUGUUGCUGUAAACAGUUCAAUUAGCCGAAGUGGUAAUACUAGUAGUUGUAGUAGUUCUUGUGGUGAUGCUGGUGAUGGUGUUGGUGGUGGUAAUAGUUGUUCUGCGGAUAUAUCAUCAUAUCAGGCGGCGGCGAUAGCGAGUGGUGAACUUCUUUCGCAGGUAGCAGAAUAUUUGCGAGAACACAAUUCUUUUGUCUAUGUUGAUGCGCUUAUACUUGCCGAAGUGCGUGUUCUUAAGCUUCUUAUGGAUGGGGACAGCUACGACAUUACGAUGGGACAAUUGGGUGGCGUUGAUUGUGUUCGUUUUUUACAUGAAAUGGACAUGAUAAUAGGAUGUCAACAUCUUUUAAAACGUACACUUCUUCUUUUAAAAGCAUGGUGUUGUUAUGAGGCUCAUGUACUCAGUGGUCAGGGUGGAUAUAUAUCAUCCUAUGCAGCCACUAUCAUGCUUAUUGCAAUGAUGAACACUGUUGAGUUUCUUGAAGACGUAGAAGAAGAGGAGGAUGAUAAGAAGAAUGAUAAUCAUGAUGAUAAUAAUGAUAGAAGAAAGAAUAAAGAGGAUAAGGAAAAGGAUGAGUACAAGGAAGUGGGAAAUGCAAACGAAAAAAAGACGCAUAAUAACUCUGAUGGUUGUAAGAAAACGGUGAGUGGCGAUGAGGCUACCGAGCAUCCCCGCCGUAGUAGUGUGAAAGAGAUAUCUGCUCUUCAACUUUUUGGUCGAUUUCUCAAGUUCUUCAGUUACUUUGACUUUGAGCGGUACUGUGUGACGGUGUUCGGGCCGCUGCCGUGCGCGAGUGUGACGGGGGCGUCGCUCGAUCUCACGCAACUCGAAGCGGACGACACGUUGGGCCUCACCGCCGCUGGGCAGGCCGCCAUUGGCCACUGCGUCCGCCGACGUCGAACUCCGCUCGUGACGGUCAGUGGCGUGCGGCAUAUGCUCCACAGCGAACAGCAGCGACGGCAGGGGGUUGCGGCGGCUAAUAAUAAUAAUAAUAAUAAUAAUAAUAAUAAUAAUAAUAAUAAUAAUAAUAAUAGUGUAGGGAGAGGAGAGGGAGGACACGUUGGUCUUAACUACCGCGGUACUCCAGAGGAGGAUGCUGCACUGUCGUGCCCAACCUGUAACACCAGUGGAUUUCCCCUCCGGACAAUGAAUGUAAUGGACCCGCUACGCUGGAGUGCUAGUGUUUGUCGUGGAGUCUGUCGAAAUCAUCUGCAGCGCAUUCGUCGGGCGUUUCAGGAGGGAUUGACAUUAUUUGAUAUGGCGUCUACACGACUCAACGAUACUUUAACUUCAUCCUCUGCACGGAGCAGUGGACGGAGUGAGGCCGGGGUAGAAAGUCUGACAAGUGCUUGUCAGGAAGGUGGAAGUGCAAACGGCUCUUUAGACGGAGAAUUAAUGCGAAAUAACGAACUAAAUUCUCUAAAGGGUAGUAUUCUGCAAGGCCUGUUUGGACAAACACUUAGGGUACUGGGGGAAUAUCCCCCAGGUUCUGCAUUCUUGCGCUCACAACCAAAACUGGCACAGUGUGAAAAUUGCACGAAACCUUCCUUUCUUUGUGUACCCAACGCUCAGGAACUAUGUGAGGCACAAUUCACAUUUGGUAUACGUGAAGAGACCCCAAGUAGUAGAGAUGAACGUGAAACCACUGGAAGGUAUCGAUUGCUUGGGCCUUUUUGUGAUGAAAAUAAUUCCUCACACCCCUCUGCAGCUUCUCAACCACAACCAUCACCACCGCAACAACAACAACAACAACAACAAAUGGGUCUGUUGACAUGUUCGGUUCCAAUGGCAACGACAUCAUCAUCACCAUCAUUAGGAGCACCUGUUCCAUCUACAAUUCCCUCCCUUUCCGACUCUUCACGUAUUGGAAACAGUGUGGGUGGGGGACUAAGAGGAGGAGGAUGGCUAGGGGCCGGCAGUCACUCCUGUGAAGGAUUUCCUUUAAGCUCAAUUGGAACACGGCAUCAUCUUGCGCGUGGGGUCCCACUAGUUCGAACCUGUCUAAAAGGUGGAAAUGGGUUAAGAAGUCAACGUGGGGGUCCGGCUGUUGUCACAGCUAACAGUGGUUUUCUCUACCCUACUGAUCCCAAUUCUUUUUCGUACUAUCCUGGUUACAUGAUGAAUAGAGCGCCCCAGAUGAACAGUAGAACAUCAACCAAACGCAACAACACGGAUGGAGUAGCACCAGGUUUUGCACAAACAUCAUCAUCAUCAACGGAUAUGUCUCUUAAGGGUCCUAGAAGUUCUCAGGUGCAGCAAAAUUUUUGGAGUGUUGAUCCAGUACUUCAUUCCCCUUGUGAUGCUACUAACGCCAUGAUGAACGGUGCCAAUGGUGUGACUGUUGCCUCCAAUUCGGUGUCACAGCAACAACCAGUAACGUAUGCCUAUGGAUUUUGA